UGAAGCAAAAGGAAAGGAAGCGUCGGCAUUCUGUGAUGUUACUAACUCGCAGAUGUAACAACGGUAUCAACCUUAAAAUCUAGUAUGACGUUUAUUAUACAAGCAGCUGCUUGCGUUAUAUCAAAAUACAGUGCUCUAAGUGAUCGGAUCGAACGACGAAGUUAAAUUUCAAUUGAAUUAGAAGAAGGGCCAUUAUUCUUAUACUUCUUGAGCAUUACCAUCAAGCUGUAGGAAGCACAAUGACGGAUCUAACAGAGCUACGAAUGAACGUGGCCGCUCUAAAACGAGUAGACCCCUAUGUGAAAGAUAUACUGGAAACUGCGACGCACGUAGCGCUUUAUACUUUUAAUGCAGUUAAUAACGAGUGGGAAAAAACCGAUAUUGAAGGUGCUUUAUUCGUAUACUCGCGAAAUGGCGAGCCCUAUAACAGUGUUCUUAUUAUGAAUAGAUUAAAUACAAAUAACUUAAUGGAACCAGUUACACAGGGUUUGGAUUUACAGCUCCAAGAACCCUUCUUACUCUAUAGAAACUCCAGAUGCAAUAUAUAUGGCAUUUGGUUUUAUGAUAAAGAAGAGUGCGUACGUAUUGGUGCAAUGUUAAACAAACUUGUUAAAGAUUCAGAAGAGAACCGCAAGGCUUGUAAUAAACCCACUGUUAAUGUGAAAAAGGAAUCUGGCCCUAAUGUAAACAGUGUUGAUAUAUUCAGUAUGCUUAGCAAAGCACAGGAAGAUUUUAAUACUAACAGAAAUAACAGUAGCAGUGGUGGAGGAAGUACUAGAGAUGGGCUUAAUUCAAAGUCUCCUUUGGUCACUCCUAUAACAGACAACGUAUCUGGACCAUUAGCUGCUCCAUUAGGCCCAGAUGUUACUUCACAGAGUGUGAUGGAUUUUUUUGCAAAGGCAAAAGUUAAUACAGGACAUUUUAAAGCUGGUGAUCAGCCUACUCCAGGUGGUACUGUUGCUAGUGAAAGUAAACCAUUGCUUGCUCGGUUAAUGUCACAUCCAGCUGCACAUACGGUAGAACAUAUUGAGAAACAGCAUAGAUCUAUAACUCCUCAGCCAGCUACAAGGCAACAGUCUCAAACAACUCCAACUGCUAUAUUGGGUGCUAAUAACGCUGGUAGUAACACAGCUUCGAAUAGAUCUAAGAGACGAAGCAAGACAACUUCUCAGCAAGAUUCAAUGAUAUCUACACCUGCAUCUUUGACACAAGAGGCAGCACCAGCUGUGAACGAAAAUACUACAGAUACAAAUGGUACAACAGGAUUCCUUAGGAUACAAUCACCUACAAAUGCGACAUCUUCAAAUUCAACAAAUCAUCAGGCCUCAGAUAUUAUUGGCUCUAGUAACUCAAAUCCACUUGCAUCUUUGUUUGCUCAUGCAUCUGCAGCAACGGCAUCAGAGGAUAUUACGGCAGCCACUUUAUCAGGAAGAGGAUCGGCACCGGCAUUAAUACCCCCUGUUAUGUUUGCUGCCCCUAGUCCGCCCGAACCCUUAACCAGACCGUUAGAACCACUGACGAGAAAUCAGCUCCUUCAGGCUUUUAAUUAUCUGUUGAGAAGUGAUCCGGAUUUUAUCAACAAACUUCACGAAGCUUACGUGAAAUCAUUUGGUGAAAUACUGUCCUAA